AUGGAUCAGCAGGCAAUGAACGAUCGGGCGAACAAGGCGACAAACGAGUCGGUCGACGCAACCCGUCGAAUGCGAACGAUGAUGGAGGACGCAGCCGACGCGGGAGUCAACACGCUGGUGAUGCUCGACGAACAGGGCGAGCAGCUGAAUAGAAUCGAAGAAGGCAUGGACCAAAUCAAUAAUGACAUGAAGAAAGCCGAAGAACAACUGACGAAUUUGGAGAAAUGCUGCGGAUGCUGCAUCUGUCCUUGGAGAAAGGCAGUGAAUUUCGAGUCUAGCGAAAAAUACAAAAAGACCUGGAACGGAGGAAAGAGUGGAAAAGAAUCGUCUCCAGUCACAGAGCAGCCGAAUAAGAACAAUUCUGAAGGACUCGCUAAUCCUGGAAACACAAUUUCCGUGAAGCGAUAUUACAACGACGAGCGAGAAGACGAAAUGGAACAGAACCUCAAUCAUGUCGGAGCGCUGAUCGGAAACCUCAAAAACAUGGCAAUCGACAUGGGCGGCGAGCUGGAGAAGCAGAACGAGCAGAUUGGCCGCAUCACGGGCAAAGCCGAAAUGAACCACGGACGCAUCGACGGGGCCAACGAGCGAGCUAAUAAGAUUCUAGAGCAGCGCUAG